AUGCGAAGAGAUUACCUUUAUGAAAGAAGAUCGCAAGGAACUAGUCGUGGGUAUGUGCAACCAGUUUUAGUAGUAGCAUCUACAGUUUCACCUCCAAUUAGGAGUAGUAGACCCGAUAAAGGUAAAGGGAUGGCUUCUACCUCCCAAUCCCGACCUACUGAGUCAAUGCCGCAGGUUAUUUUUGGAGGAGGACAAGCGAGAGUAUUUGCCCUAGGCCCACAAGAUAUGCCUACCUCUAAUGAUGUGGUGACAGGUAUUCUUUUAAUUUGUGGUUUUGAAGCAUCGAUCUUAUUUGAUCUUGGAGCUUCCCAUUUUUCUGUUUCUUCAAAUUUUGUGUCAAGAUUGAAUAGACCUUGUGAAAUAAUGGAAGAACUGUUGGCAGUGACUAUCCCUUUGAAAGAAAUGUAUAUGGCAGAGUUCGUUUAUAAGUCUUGCAUAGUUCAAGUCAAUCAUUGGGAGACUUUGGUGGAUUUGGUGUUAUUAAUGACAUUGGGGUUUGAUGCUAUAUUAGGAAUGGAUUGA